GGCGCGCUCAGAAGCACUUCUCCCACUACGGGGUUCGUUUAGCAGAAUCCCUCGAAACUCAAAUCUAUCCUGGAAGCGACCGGAACUUCCAUUAUUUCUCCGUCAAUCUUCGGUUCUUCUUAGGGUUUUUUUUGGUGCAUUUUCUUCUCUGUUUUGUUUUCUGGCAAAUAUUUCUUCAAUGUCUUUUGUUUCAUCAAGAUAUUGCUCAAAUCCUUAUUGACUGGAGUCUGUUCAUGCGGUUUGAUGAUGGAGACGGAGUCUUGCCAGUUGAUGGUGACUUCCAGGCGGCCUUGCUUUUAUGCUUUCUAUUCCUCCACUCUUUGUUCAGAACGACUGAAACUUCCUUUGAAAUUUGUCAGAUACUUAGGAGAAAUAAUAGGCCAAUCAGUCUCAUUAAUUGGUCCUAGCGGCCAUACUUGGCUUGUUGACUUGAUCCAGCAGAAUGAUAACUUGUUCUUCUGUGACGGAUGGCCAACCUUUGCUCGAGAUAAUUCCCUAGAAUGCGGUGAUUUCUUGGUAUUUAGAUAUGAUGGCGAGUUGAAUUUCACUCUGCAAGUUUUUGAUCAGAGUGCAUGUGAGAAAGAAGAUGCAUUUCAUUCUCAGUGCAGUCAAGAUAACACAGGCCAUAAAAGAGAUAGGGAAGAGGACCCUACAUGCCCAGAUACAUGUGCAGAGGCUGUGGCAAAGAAAAUGAGGAGCAUUUUUUAUGUUCAUUCAGAGUGCAGGGAGGGCCUAGCAGCCAUAAAAACUGUUGAGGUCCAUAAAAAUGGAGCUGGUCAGAAUGGGAUCAGUAAAGUUGAUGACGUAACUAUGCAAGAUAAAAUUCUGGCCUUAUCACUAUUAUCUCAGGAUGAGAAAAAAAUUUCCCAGUCAUUUAGCUCCAAUUAUCCAUAUUUUGUGAGAAUCAUGAAAAGCUUCAAUGUUCGUGGUUCAUACACAUUGAAUAUCCCUUAUCAAUUUUCUAUGGCACAUCUUCCUAGCUGCAAAUUAAAGUUGGUCCUUCACAACUUGAAAGGGGAAUCCUGGCCAGUGAAUUCUGUUCCUACAAUAAGAGUGCAUACAAGUCAUACCCUUUGUGGAGGAUGGAUGGCCUUUGUGCGUGGGAAUGAUAUCAACAUGGGAGAUAUAUGUGUUUUUGAGCUUGUCCUGGAUUGUGAAUUGCGUGUUCGCAUCUUCAGGGUUGGAAAGGAAAUAUCUGAGGAUCAAAGUAGAAAAGGAUCUUUGAAUCAGCUAGAUGCUGACCAUGCAAAAAUAUCUCGUAAAACUCUCAAAGGUUUGCCAAAGAAAAUGAAUGGAAACUCUCACAAGGUUCAUUCAAAAUGCCCCAAAAGAAUUGAAGUACAUGAUAAAAAAAGUUCGAAGUCUUGGCAAGAACCUUUCUGCAAUGAUGUUAGGAAACAUUCUAGUGCAAAAAAGGUCUCCACCAAAGUCGUGGUUUGUUCUCAAUCAAAAAAGCCUUCUAAGCGUUUGGUCAAUCAGGGAACCAGUGUCAAAGGCGAUCUUGUAUUACCAGCUAGACUUGGGUUGCGAGCAAUGUUAGCACUUGAUGAAGAAAGAGCAGCUAAGUCAUUUGCUUCUUGUUUUCCAACUUUUGUCAGAAUCAUGAAAAAGUUCAACACUAGUGGUUCAUAUACUUUAAAAAUUCCGCAUCAGUUUUCUUCGGUACAUUUCCCUAACAGCAAAACUGAGAUUAUACUUCGCGGUCCAAAUGGAGGAUGUUGGAUUGUGAACUCAGUACCAGACUCAAUGGGGCGAAUGAUGCAUACUUUUUGCGGCGGUUGGAUGUCGUUUGUUCGCGACAAUGGUAUCCAGAUGGGGGAUAUCUGCAUUUUUGAACUUGUUGGCAAGUGUGAAUUGCUUGUACAUGUGACCGGAGUUGGGAAGAAAGGGUUUAACCUCAGCAGUGAAGUCGCAACUUGUAGUGAAUUAGCAAUUGUACCAACAACAAGCAAUCAUCCUUCUCUGUAAGCUGUCCCAGGUUAGGCUGUCGUUUAACCCAUGGCAACGGAUGACUGGUUCAAUCGGAGUUGCAUCACUUGUACACACUUUUUCCCCCUGCUCCUUAUGCUUUUUCUUGAAAUGAAACUAGUGAAAUGUGUUCUCUUAUUUUGCUAACUUGUCGCUCUAAUCAUCUAAUGUAAAUGCAGAUUAAAAAUUGCAUUCUUUA